AGCACACCGGUUACUGGAGAAAUUCUCCCAAGCCCCAGGUCCAGGCCCUGGGAGAAAGAGGGAGCCGGCAACUCUGGAAAAACUCCUCAACUGACAACAGGUCUCCCGCUCCCUGUCUGGCAUCUACCAGCCAGAUUCCCCUGGGUCCCACUUCCCAGGUUUCCCAUGGCGUAUGGAAAGCUCUGCGGUUACUUGCUCCUGACCCUGGGAAUUCUGGCUGCCAUCAUCGCCCCCACCAUCAUCCUGACUUCCAAAUGGUCCCAGGCCAACUGCCGGGAGCGGGGCUACCUGCACGGAGCCGUGGCCGCUGACUCCAAGACCUGCUCCGAAAUUGGCAGGGAUAUUCUGAAGAAACAGGGCUCCGCCGUUGAUGCUGCCAUUGCUGCCCUGAUCUGCACAUCAGUGAUCAACCCCCAGAGCAUGGGCCUGGGGGGAGGCGUCAUUUUCACCAUCUACAACGCAACCACAGAAAAGAUUGAGGUGAUCAAUGCCAGGGAGACCCUUCCCAAAGCCGUAGAGGAAAGUCUGUUGAGACACUGCAGUUCCAGCUAUUCAUCGUGGGGACAAGGGAGCAGGUGGAUCGGGGUGCCUGGAGAGCUGCGGGGGUACCAGGAAGCCCACCGGCGCUACGGCCGGCUGCCCUGGAGUGACCUGUUCCAACCGACGAUCCAGCUCCUCCGCGGGGGCCUCCGGAUGCCCAGAGUCCUGUCACAGUUCCUCAACCAUUCUGGCCUGCAAAAAUUGGUCUAUCAAUCUUCCCUGCGGCAGCUGUUCUUCCAAGGCAACCGAGUUUUGAAGGAGGGCGAUGUUCUCGAGUGGCCCACAAUGAUUGAAACCUUGGAGACGGUGGCCCGGUUGGGAGCGGACGCAAUGUACAAAGGAGAGCUGGCCAACAAUCUGUUGGAAGAUAUCAGGAAAGAAGGGAGCAUACUGCGUGCAGAGGACUUGUCUGAAUUCCAACCAGAAGUGGUGGCCCCACUGGACUUUGACCUGGGAGACUACACCUUAUACACCCCACCUCCGCCAGCCGGAGGGGCCAUUCUCAGCUAUAUCCUCAAUGUCCUGAAAGAGUAUAACUUCACCAAGGAGUCCGUGGCACAGACCAAAAGGAAAGUGGACACUUACCAUCUUAUUGCUGAGGUCAUGAAGUUUGCCAAUGGGCAGAAGUGGAAGCUGUAUGACCAUCGAAACCCCUCCAACCCCAAGGUCUUUCAGGAUCUGCUGUCCUACUCCUUGGCUCAACAAACCAAGGAGAGCAUCGACUACUGGGGUAACCACACGCUGGAUAAAUACAGUUCCAUCCCGCACGGGAGCGAGAGCCCCGGAACCAGCCACGUGUCUGUCAUCUCUGCCGACGGCAGUGCCGUGUCUGUCACCAGCACCAUCAACGUGCCGUUUGGCUCCAGGGUGUAUUCUCCAAGGACCGGCAUCAUUUUGAACAAUGAGAUUUGGGACUUCUGCAACUGGUCCCUAGACCUGAAAAAGAAAGUGGUUCCAGGGGAGAGACCACCAUCCUCUAUGGUGCCUUCCAUUCUAAUCUCCAGAGACAAGAAAUCCAAGCUGGUGAUUGGUGGAGCUGGGGGAGAGUUGAUCAUUCCUUCCAUGGCCCUGGCCAUCAUGAACAAACUUUGGUUCGGCUAUGACCUGAAGAACGCCAUCAAAGAACCCAUCUUCCAUGUCAACGCAGAGGCUAAAAUUGAAUUUGAGAAAAAUUUCAGCAAAGAGAUUGAGGACGGACUCCGGGACAGAGGCCACCAGGUGCAAAGCAAGGAACUCUUUCUGAACGUGGUGCAAGCUAUUUACCAGGAAGGAGAAUGCCUCUACGCUGAGUCUGAUAAAAGGAAGUUGGGGGAAGCUUCGGGGUACUAACCCCAGAGACCCCCAGGAAUGAGCAAACCCAAUGGCAAAAGCGAUUCUGGUCUCCCCUGACCACCAGGGCCAACCUGGAAUGACUGCUUACCCCUGCCCUCCCCUAAAAACUUGGAUGUCUCACUUCAGAGGAAGAACCUCGCUCAGAUGUGGGCUGUUCUGCCCCAGCACCCCUGUUUUCACCCUUGCAGAGCUCAAGCAGGAAGAGGGUAGAAGGCUUUGGGGGGGCCCAAGGGACUCCUCCAUGUUUUUUCCACACCUUGGUCUUUAUCCAAGGGAUACGAAGCUAACGAGAGAGAGAGAGAGAGAGAGAGAGAGAGAGAGAGAGAGAGAGAGAG